GAGGGGACAAGGAGCACGUGUUGCGGUUGACUCACAACACCUUGACCGCUUUGGAUGAUGAGGUGAUGGCAUUUGUUCGACAUCAGCAGGACGCUGUCACGGUCGUGUUGUCUCUGGUUCCACUGAAUACAACUGUGUUGCUAAAAGACAACACAUGUUGCACCAUCAGCCCUCAAAUGAAGGAGGAGAUUGAAGAUGGUUCAACUGGAACGAAAACUACGGUUCGUCUGGAUGUCAAGGUCUCUUACUUAUCCUUUAUGAUUCGUGAUGACGAGGAGAGCUCGGUUCUCUUCACAGUGGAAAGUAUUGAGUUCUGGAUGAUCCAACACUCCAUGAAGUUAACGGCGCAGUACACAAUGUCAAAUGCGUCCAUUCAGAGCACAUAUAAAUCAAAAAAUUGCCAUGUGCUUAAACCGUUCUGUUUUGACAUGACGGUGCGUGAUGUGGAAUUGUUGAUCAAUGCAAUCUCCGCAUGCUCGGCUCAGGUGAAUGCAACACGGCUAGAGUUGGAAUUAUCCGAUAUCCUUUUGUAUCAGUUUUACCAGCUGGCAGCACACUGCCAAGACAAUUCAUGGAAGACAAUGAAGAAGAAAGGAAGCAAGGGUGGUGACGCAAGUCCAGCAAUCGCCGUGCCAUUCAUUUCUCCAUUUUCAAGGAACCGACGCAUUGAAAUCAAUUCUGUGGUCAUAUGUGAGAUCUGCGUCAUUCUAACUUAUGACAGGAGGGUGCGGCCUCCUGAAGAUGUUCUUUUUCGUGGUUCGCCAGUUGGGACGUUCGUUCCAUCCCUGCACCGCGCCACAAUAAGGCUGCCUACUGUGCGUUUUCGCGACGUCUCCAGAAAAACGCUUAUGGAGGUAUGCAAUACGGUGCAGGAGGUGCUGUUUUUUGAAUUUCUGAAGCAAAUUCCUAGUUUUAUUUCAAGUGUUGUCCUCCUCCCGACGCUUCCUCCACUCGGCAAUAUUUUGACGCGCGACGGGUCAUUGAUCUUUGGCUCUGGCGGCGCUUCUUCAGAGUUGCCGGGCGCGGCACUCAUUUGA